AUGGAGGAGAUAGGAAGCCGCGAGGGCUCCAGCAGCCGGGGCGGGGGGGGGACCCAGGGCCUGUGUGGGGUAAGCUGGACUGGCCUUGCACACCCCCGGGGUGGGGAGAGGCACUGGAGAGCAGGGCCCUGUGCCCUCCCUGGCUACCCCCAUCUCUGCUCUCAGUGGGGUGGGAGGCCCCCAGCUCCGAAGCCCUACCCCAACUUGGAGGGGGCACUGCGGGGGCCAGUCUUGCAGGUAUCCCAAGGACAGAAGGUGACCAGCCUCACGGCCUGCCUGGUGAACCAGAGCCUCCGCCUGGACUGCCGCCACGAGAACACCACCACCACGCCCAUCCAGUAUGAGUUCAGCCUGACCCGGGAGACGAAGAAGCACGUGCUCUUUGGCACCAUGGGCGUGCCCGAGCACACAUACCGCUCCCGCACCAACUUCACCAGCAAGUACAACAUCAAGGUCCUCUACCUCUCCGCCUUCACCAACAAGGACGAGGGGCUCUACACCUGCGAACUGCGCCUCUCUGGCCAGCCGUCCACCGUCUCCUCCCAGAACAUCUCUGUGUUCAGAGAUAAGCUGGUCACGUGUGAGGGCAUCAGCCUCCUGGCUCAGAGCACUUCCUGGCUGCUGCUGCUCCUGCUCUCGCUGUCCCUCCUCCAGGCCACGGACUUCAUCGCUCUGUGACUGGCUGGGCCCAUGGAGGAGAUAGGAAGCCGCGAGGUCCAGUGCAGAGCCCCUACUUCUCUGAGUCGGCUGACCCCCUCCCACCAGUCCCUCACACACCUCGGGGAGAAGCAGGGACCCCACCCCGUGAUCAGGAACCCCAGUUGCUGCAUGCCGUGACCCACGUGCUCCCCACCGCCACCUCCCUCCCCGCACGCCCUUGGCUGUCUGUCUGUACCUCGUUCCACAGCUGCUUUCUGUCUGGUUUAUUUAGGGAUAUCCUGCCUUUUCUUGGGGAGUUGGUGAAAAGGGGACCGGAUGGAGAGUGUGGGCAUGUGAGGGGUAGUGGGAUGGAGAAGCACCAGCCCCUCGGCGGUCAUCCUGACCCACAGGGACCAGAGGCCCGGGAGAGCCCUGGGUGAGGAGAGGCGUGGGGCGUUUGGGCCUGGCCCGGGUGUGGCGUGUGCUCAGACCGCUCCCAGCAGGGAUGGUCCCAGAUGUGAGGGCACCACCCAGCGUCCAGUCCCGUUGUAAAGGGACUGAGAAUCCAGGGGCACUGUCAGCCGCAGCCACGAAGCCCUCAUCUUACCUCCACAGACGCCCCUGGGGACCGUGGGUCAGGUGCCACCCCAUGAAGAGGCAGGGUCUUGGAGGGUUGGAGAAAGGGAUAGGUGAGGGUCCUCCACCCUCCCUAAGCAAGCUGGAAGUGGGAGCCUGCUGCCCCUCACCGCCUCAGCCAGCAAAUGAGGGUGACAGGAGGACAAGCUGCUCCCAAACUCCCGAGAGCUUCCAGAACUGCCUGGGACCUGCUGAGUCAGGCAGGCCGAGCCCAGAGCCCAGAGCCGCAGGUUUGGCCACUUUCUAAAGGAGGCGCUUCCUUUCCUUGCCCAUCGGUGCCAGCCCCUGUCCGCUGGUGCCUGGGCCCCCAGACAGCCCCUGCCCCGCGGGCCUGCCCUCUCAGGGACCUCCGGAGAGCCUGAGGCAGGCCGUAGAGUGAGGCCAGGAGCGGACAGACCUCGGGAGACGGCCUUUCCCCCACCCUCCCCGCCCGGCAGCCCUGCCCGCCCUGUGACAGUGUCGUUGCCGCCACAGCUUCUGGCAUCUCAUUGAGGAAAGAACCGCACAAUAAAAGCAAGCCUCUGGGA